AUGGAUUGUUGGGCAGGGGUGAUGAGGUGGGGCAGGGCCAGGGCAACUGGCUCGGGGCCACGGGUUGGGGGCGGGGGUCGCGGUGUCGGGACGAGGGCUUGGGGGCUGGCGGUGUCAGGCUGGGAUGGUGAGGCUGCAGGGGGCGAUGAGCUACCGUCUUCUGGCGGUGAUUCCACUAACAUCCCGAGCCCUAAUCUUGGUGCCGAUCAUGCGGCGGGGGACCUGACCGGUGAUGGCGACCAUGGGGACAGAGUCAAAGAGGGCAUUGACAAGGCAGAAAACCAGGUUAGUGAUGCCAGGGCUGGAGGUGGUGAUGCAGACAUCGAGGUGGCCGGUGGAGCAGGCGUAGCUGGAGGCGGCGAAGACCUCACCUUACUCGUGGUGGAGGAGGUGGUUGAUGAUGGAGGGAGAGUGGGUGAGGGCCUGGUGGAUCUCCAUAGAGAUGCCAUCGAGGUAGGCAAAGAUGUCGGUGAUGCCCUUGUGCUUGAGGGCUUCAACAAGGAUGUCUGCAUCCUUGCGGGGCUCAUCGGAGAAGAAGCAACGGAGAGGGGAGGGGGCACGGUGGAGGGGGUGGAGUGUUAG